AUGGCAAACACAUGCGUCAUACGGUCAUCGAAAGAUCACCAUAAAAUUGCACAUUUUGGUACAUUCAACGAAUCAGAGCUAAGAAUUCGCGAAUUCCCUCCUAUGAAACUACCCUGCUGGCCUGACGAUAUAAAGCUGCGGCCGUAUCGAUACACUCUGGUAUACAUGCUAAUCUUCCACUCGCUGCCCCCGUGGACGCCUACUAGUCAUUGUGCAAUGAAGAGGAGCAAGAGUCGAACGAACGCAAUUCUUUAUAAAAUCAUCAUAUGGAAGGAUGGAUUCGUAAGGGAAGGGAAGGGAAGGGAAGGGAAGGAAGAGUUGAGCAGUUCACUUGAUCCACCAUCAGUGACCAAUACAGUUGAGCUUUCGGUCUCUCGGCUGAGAUUGUCAGGCUGCAUGGAGUGCGAGAAGUUCAGGAGAAGGGAGAGGAAGAUUAUCGGGGUCAGAGGACCUGAAUGUUACUUGCUGCGGCAGACUCCAGACCGUGUGCAAAUGCGUAUUGAAGCUUCAAACCAACACUUCAAGGGACCGAUGCUCUUUCUAGAGCAUGGAAUUUUCAACUGUCCCGUCUUAAAGCCUAAGACCAGCACAAAUGACCCAGCUUGCGUGGGCUUGUUCUUGUUCUAUCUCGGACUUCACCUUCUCAUUGUCUUUAUCGAAGGAAGGGCGGCUGGACUGGGAGGAGGAGUGAAUUACUUUGACGAUCUUGGCAGGAGUAGGAAUAGAAGAAGCUUCAAGGAUGAGAUAUCGGAGGACACGCGCACGAAUUCCAUCCAGUUCCAGCCUCUCGGAUGGAAGGAAGAGGUUGGCCCUCAAACCGACUUUAUGUACACUGCCCUGUCCAAUAUGUCGGCCCUUCGAAAGAUUCUGGGCAAGGGCAACCUCUCUAAUUCUUCUACGCUCUACAGUCUAACUUCGACAUCCAAUGCCUCGCUGAUGCUACCCAGUUUUUAUGUGUUGAUCAUCGCGAAAUGGGGUUACUUAUUACAACCAGGGAGUAAAGAUUGUGCUGGUCCUCUAGUCUCGAACUUGUAUGGUACACUCGAGACUCGGACAGGUCCAAUUUCAAGUGCUUUCUACACGGCCAUUGGCAUGAUUGUUCUUCCAUUCAAACUGCUGGAUAUCUGCGAUAACCCGAGGUUGAUGCAAAGAUUCUCUUGA